AUGUCAUGUCUCAAAGGAUAUGUGUCCUCAACAGCCAAUGACACCAUUGGUAUUCCAGCGCCUUUCCCUCUGUCAUGGCUGGCGUCAGUCAGUAUUCGACAUGGGAGUGGGUUUCACCGCGGAGCUUUGAUCGGCCCUCCACUUGCCUCAGUUCCACUGAGGACUAGUCAAAUGGAUGUCACUCCAUUGAAAGAUGCAUGCCACGAGGUGGACAUCCACUGGUGCAUCUUUAGCCCUGCCCCUUGCCGCGCCAGCUGCAACAAGCGUCUGUCACUAGCAUGGGUGCCCUCCACUUUCGCCCAGACCUUGCUCAAGCUUUGCUCUGUAAAGUCCCCACCAAGACUGGGUUCAGUCCAUGGCCCCUUGCCCAGACCAUCGUCUGAUGAGUUUCCAUUUACGGCAGCAAUUGGAAAUGCCGACUUUUUGCUCUCUCGAGGCUUAGGGAUAUGA